ACUCCGCCUGUUGGGAUGGAGGGGAGGGGGGAUUAGGAAAAGGAGUAGGAAUUCCUCGAAAGGGAGUAAAGUGGCGCCUAAUAUUCAGAAGGAGGUGCCACUUACAUGAAUUGCCUUGCUCAGGGUUGGGGCGAAAACAUAUUUUGGGCGCUCUGAAAAGUCCACACAGGCACACGGGUUUGAGAAGUUUGUUCGGCCGGGAAACGGGCUUCGCCAGUACGAACAAUCCGGGGAAACCCCAGAAGGUUCCUUCAGCGGUAUGUGAGAAAGAAAUUGAGGGCAGGGGUCUGUGGCCACGUUUUCCACCAGACUGUCCCUGGUAGAAGGAGAUCGGGAAGAAGACAGAGAAUGAGUAUGAAAGAGAAAGUUUCCUUCCUAUCAGAAUCUUUCGAUUCAGAAGCAGUGUGUGUGUAAGGGGUAGCAGACGCUGGCUUCCAACAUUUCAGAAGAAGCGUCUAAGAUUUGCAAACACCCUUCGUGGGGACUGUGAACCCCAGGAGACACCGAGGAGUAGGUUGGCUGCCCCGCGCGGGUCUGUGUGAGGGCGCGAGGUAGAUGGUGAGCGGCCCCGGCAGCUGAGGGCAGGCCGGGCCCCCAGGCGCCAAAGAGCUUGAAGGACUGCGCAGUGGGAGCCCCGCACUGCGCCAGGCCCCGGCCCCCUGGAUCCGUCGGGGCGCCUCCACCCAGCUGUUAGCAUGAUGUCUUACCUCAAACAACCCCCAUACGGCAUGAACGGGCUGGGCCUGGCCGGGCCAGCCAUGGACCUCCUGCAUCCUUCCGUGGGCUACCCCGCCACCCCGCGGAAGCAGCGGCGGGAACGCACUACCUUUACACGCUCACAGCUGGACGUGCUCGAGGCGCUCUUCGCCAAGACUCGCUACCCUGACAUCUUCAUGCGCGAGGAGGUGGCGCUCAAGAUCAACCUGCCGGAGUCCAGAGUUCAGGUCUGGUUCAAGAACCGCCGUGCCAAAUGCCGCCAGCAGCAGCAGAGCGGGAGCGGGACCAAGAGCCGCCCAGCCAAGAAGAAGUCGUCCCCGGUGCGGGAGAGCUCGGGCUCGGAAAGCAGCGGCCAGUUCACGCCUCCCGCUGUGUCCAGCUCCGCCUCAUCCUCCAGCUCAGGAUCCAGCGCCUCCGCCAACCCAGCGGCGGCAGCGGCGGCAGGCCUGGGCGGGAACCCGGCGGUGGCAGUCCCGUCGUCGUUGAGUACGCCGGCUGCCUCAUCCAUCUGGAGUCCGGCCUCCAUCUCGCCGGGCUCAGCGCCCGCGUCGGUGUCAGUGCCCGAGCCCUUGGCCGCGCCUAGCAACGCGUCGUGCAUGCAGCGCUCGGUUGCUGCAGGCGCCGCCUCGGCUGCAGCCUCUUAUCCCAUGUCCUACGGCCAGGGCGGCAGCUACGGGCAGGGCUACCCCGCGCCCUCGUCUUCCUACUUUGGCGGCGUGGACUGCAGCUCCUAUCUAGCGCCCAUGCACUCGCACCACCACCCGCACCAGCUCAGCCCUAUGGCACCCUCCUCCAUGGCCGGCCACCAUCACCACCAUCCGCACGCGCACCAUCCGUUGAGCCAGUCCUCAGGCCAUCAUCACCACCAUCAUCACCACCACCACCAGGGCUACGGCGGCUCAGGGCUCGCCUUCAACUCUGGCGACUGCUUGGAUUACAAGGAGCCUGGCGCCGCCGCUGCUUCCUCGGCUUGGAAACUCAACUUCAAUUCGCCCGACUGUCUGGACUAUAAAGACCAAGCCUCAUGGCGGUUCCAGGUCUUGUGAGCCCAGGAGUGGGAGGAAGAGGAGAUGAAACGCAACUACCUGCGCCCUCCGUGGUCCCCGUCCUGUUGCUGCUGCUGCACCGCCCGCCUUUGCCUCGGCUUCUGCAGACCUGAAUUUUCAUGCCCCUGAAAGAUGCCCUUUGCCUGCACUGCCGCCCUCAUCUUUCUGCCACUUUGUUUGGGGGAUGUGCAGACCCGCCCACCCCUUGGAUGAGGGGACAGGUGCUUUGGCUUGGCCCACAAGUUCUAUAUGGGGAGAGCUGUGUGCUCUCUUCCUCAUCCCCUAACGAACUCCUAAGUCACUCUCCUCUGGUGUUUCCGGGCAGUUAUUAUGCACUUGCAGCCUUCGGAGGCUCUUGCUCUGACUCUCUGUUUGAACCGUACACUUUUAUUUAUUCUUUCUGGACACUGGAAUCACUAACUGGCAUGUGUCUGCCCACUGGAGUGCACCCACACUCUACCCCAAAUCAAAACAACCACUAAGUGUUUCUCGCUUGCAGACUACCGCCCCUUCAGCAGCCCUCGGUCCCGCUCCCCGGCUGCAGGCCAGAGCUUUCCGGCGUUUUCUCCUCCCCAGCGGGAUGCGCUGGGGCACGGCUGGAGGGAGGAGCGCGUCCCUAGCCUCUCGCGCACAGCCCCGCCCUGCGUAGAACUGGCUCAAGCUUCCGCCUCGGCGGGAAUGCUGUACAUAGUCGGGUCCGUUCCAGGGACCAUUUAAACUUUUUAGUUGCUGUUGGUUGAACUGAGCAUAUCUCGUCUUAGCGCCCAGGAAAUAGAACUUUAAGAUAUAUACAGCAUAUAUAUACAUAUAUAUACACACAUAUAUAUAAAACAAAAGCAAAAAAUAUUUUCCCUCUGUCCCCCUCCGUCUCUUCCUUAAACGAUGGCGCUUUUAUUUUUUCAGUUGUUGCAAAGCUGUCCUGCUCUCUCACACCUUCUCCCUCUGUGUGUUUAUUAAAGAGAACCUUUUGGUUCCAGGAAGCUGGGCGCGGAGGAUAGAGAGGGUCCGAGAGUGUGAAGGAAACGACCAAGUCAGGGUACAGGGGAGGGGGCUAGGCUGGGCGGGGACGCAGGGCUGAGCCCUUCACCCGGUCGAAGCACAGAGUCGCAGUUCCGGUGUAGAGACCAAUCACAAAACAAAACAAAACAAAAAACAAACAAAAAUACGGCAUUAUGGAAAAACAAACAAGUCAACCCAGGCCCCAAACCCUAGUUCCAAUUCCUCUGUCGGUUUCUCUCUUUUUAAACAACCCUGUUUCGUCUAGUGAGUUUUUAGUGCACCUUCAUUCUCCGAAAUCUGCGGAGAGCCCGCGCCUGUGUAUCAAUUUUGGCUUUGGCCUUUUCGUCCAGUAGGUGGGAAAGUAAUUUGUAAAUUUGAUUUGUCCGAUGUGAAGAUCACAAAUUACUUGUUGAAAUGUAAGGCAGUCCCCCUCCUCCCCUUUUAUCUACAUUAUUUCCCGAAAAUAAAUGCAAAUUAAUGAA